UCCAAUUCCUGCUCUGCUCCAGCUGGGAUCCUAUCUAGUUAUUGCUGCUGAGACGAUAGACUUAUUCCUCGUCAAGGUAUCAUCUCAUAUCCAUCAUCAAUUGUCAGCAGAUAUGGCUGCUAGAGGACGUCUCCAAGGCAAGAAUGCCAUCAUCACCGGCGCCGCAGGAGGCAUUGGCCUCGAAACUAGCAUUCUCUUCGCCCGCGAAGGCGCCAACGUCCUCAUGGCCGACAUCUCCGCCCCCGCUCUCGAGAAAGCCAUCGCUAAAGUGAAGGAGGUGGUUCCUACCGCGUCCCGGGUCGAAACUGUCAAGUGUGACGUGUCGAAGGAAUCCGAAGUACAGGCCAUGAUCGAGUCCCAAGACAGCUGGGGUGGCACCGAUGUCAUCUUCAACAACGCUGGAAUCAUGCACGCGGAUGAUGCGGAUGCCGUCGAUACCCCCGAGAAGAUCUGGGAUCUCACGCAGAACAUCAACGUCAAAGGGGUCUGGUUCGGGUGCAAGCAUGCUGUGCUGAGUUUGCGCCGCCACAAGAAGACCAAGGGUAGCAUCAUCAACACGGCGAGUGUGGUCGCCUUGGUGGGCAGUGCCACGCCUCAGCUGGCAUACACGGCUAGCAAGGGUGCCGUGCUAGCGUUGACGCGCGAACUGGCCAUUGUGCAUGCCCGGGAAGGAUUCCGAUUCAAUGCCUUGUGUCCGGCUCCGUUGAACACUCCGCUGCUGCAAGACUGGCUGGGUGACGACAAGCCCAAGCGCUUCCGCCGCGAGGUGCAUUUUCCCACGGGUCGCUUCGGGGAGGCAAUUGAGCAGGCCCAUGCUGUUGUUUUUCUGGCUAGUGAUGAGAGCAGUUUCGUCAACGGUAGUGAUUUUGUUGUCGAUGGUGGAAUGUCCAAGGCUUAUGUCACUCCGGAAGGACCUGCUACUGCUGCUCCGCAGAACUUGGGCCACUAAUCCAUGCUUCAUAUGUUUUGACUGCCGUGACGAUAAUGAAAGACUCGAGCGUGCUCUUAAUGAUAGCUAUGUUAUCUCCGCG